AUGGCACUCCCACCCCCCCCCCCCAAAUCUGAGCCAACCAUUCACCAUCAUCAUCUUCAUCUUCUUCACCAUCACCAUCACCAUAACCUCCAUAACCUCCAUCACCAUCACCUCAGCACCGCCAGCCACCUCCCUUCACCACAACCUCCUGCGACAACCUACACCACUGCGCCCCUUUCUCUUCUUCUUCCCCUCUUCUCACUUCCGCUGAGCCCAGAAACCACAGCGCCAGCUCCUCCUCUCCACCAAAGCCCAGAGCGGCGGCGGCCACCUUCUCCAUUCCUGGGUCUCCUCUCAUCUGCCACCAAACAGCCGCGACACCCAACCUUCUCCGCAGUGUCCUUACGGCGUUCCAACCCGUCACCACUCCCCUGUCCGAACCCUAGCUCCGCUUCAUCCAACGAAGACACAGAUGAAGGCAAAGAUGAACGUGACAAGCACGUGCUGGUUCCCAGGAAGCCUCAACUGCAAAUGGUUUCCAAACCCUCGUCUUCUUCAUCUGAAGUCGAAUCGGAUUCGGAGCCCGAGCCUGAGUCUCAAUUGGAAAACGCUAAACCCUCUUCAAAGUUGAAGUCUCAACCUUCGUCUGCUGUCAGCAAGCCAAAUCCGGAUCAAAGCGCGCAGCCAAGAACAAAGGUUUUCAGUGAGAAAGAUGAGAAGGCUGGGAAGAGUACCCCAAAGAAGGCACUAGUGCCUUUGGAUUCAAGUGAAGGUAAAAGGAUGAGUGAAUUGUGUGGGACUGGUUUAGCUUUAACUUCAAUGUUGAGGUACGAUGGGACUUUUGGUGAGCCUUACGGUGAAGGUUAUAUUAGAAAGGGAAUAUAG